CACAGUUCUGGCAGACUGAGGGCUCAACCCGUGGGGUCUGCAGUAACUCAGGGCUGGCGCCUGCCUCGGGAUGGAGGCAGACAACUCCACCGGCGACUCCCAUGCUCCCAGCCCGCAGCUGAGCGUGACCGACCUCAUCGUCAUCACCGUGUAUUUCGCCCUGAACCUGGCUGUGGGCAUAUGGUCUUCAUGCCGGGCCAGCAGGAACACGGUGAGAGGCUACUUCCUGGCGGGCCGGGACAUGACCUGGUGGCCGAUUGGAGCCUCUCUCUUUGCCAGCAGCGAGGGCUCGGGGCUCUUUAUUGGACUGGCGGGCUCGGGUGCGGCCGGGGGCCUGGCCGUGGCGGGCUUCGAGUGGAAUGCCACGUAUGUGCUGCUGGCCCUGGCGUGGGUGUUCGUGCCCAUCUACAUCUCCUCGGAGAUCGUCACCAUGCCUGAAUACAUUCAGAAGCGCUACGGAGGCCAGCGGAUUUGCAUGUACCUGUCUAUCCUGUCUCUGCUGCUGUCCGUCUUCACCAAGAUAUCGAUCGACCUGUACGCAGGGGCGCUCUUUGUGCACAUCUGUCUGGGCUGGAACUUCUACCUCUCCACCACCCUCAUGCUCGCCAUCACGGCCCUGUACACCAUCGCAGGGGGUUUGGCUGCUGUGAUCUACACGGACGCCCUGCAAACGCUCAUCAUGGUGGUGGGGGCCGUCAUCCUGACCGUCAAAGCCUUUGACCAGAUCGGCGGCUUUGAGCAGCUGGCGGCAGCCUACGCCCAGGCCGUCCCAUCCAGGACCAUCGCAAACACGACCUGCCACCUGCCCCGUGCAGACGCCAUGCACAUGUUCCGAGACCCCCACACAGGGGACCUCCCGUGGACUGGGAUGACCUUCGGUCUGACCAUCAUGGCCACCUGGUACUGGUGCACUGACCAGGUCAUCGUGCAGCGGUCGCUGUCCGCCCGGGACCUGAACCACGCCAAGGCGGGCUCCAUCCUGGCCAGCUACCUCAAGAUGCUGCCCAUGGGCCUGAUCAUCAUGCCAGGCAUGAUCAGCCGUGCGCUGUUUCCAGAUGACGUGGGCUGCGUGGUGCCGUCUGAGUGCCUUCGGGCCUGUGGGGCCGAGAUCGGCUGCUCCAACAUCGCCUACCCCAAGCUGGUCAUGGAACUGAUGCCCGUAGGUCUGCGGGGGCUGAUGAUUGCAGUGAUGAUGGCCGCACUCAUGUCGUCGCUGACUUCCAUCUUCAACAGCAGCAGCACACUUGUCACCAUGGACAUCUGGAGGCGGCUGAGGCCCCUCGCUGGCGAGCGGGAGCUGCUGCUCAUUGGCCGGCUGGUCAUCGUGGUGCUCGUGGGCGUCAGCGUGGCCUGGAUCCCCAUCCUGCAGGACUCCAACAGUGGGCAGCUCUUUAUCUACAUGCAGUCGGUGACCAGCUCCCUGGCCCCCCCCGUGACCGCAGUCUUUGUUCUGGGCAUCUUCUGGCGGCGUGCCAAUGAGCAGGGGGCCUUCUGGGGCCUGAUGGUGGGGCUGGCCCUGGGUGCCACUCGGCUGGUCCUGGAAUUCCUGCACCCCGCCCCCCGCUGCGGUGACCCGGACACGCGGCCAGCCAUCGUCAGCAGCCUUCACUACUUACAUUUUGCCAUCGCCCUCUUUGUGCUCAGCGGGGUCGCUGUGGUGGCUGGGAGCCUGCUGACGUCACCCCCCCAGGGAAUCCAGAUUGAGAACCUUACCUGGUGGACCUUGGCUCAGGAUGUGCUCGUGGGAGCCAAAGCAGGCGAUGGCCGGACACGCCAGAAACACGCUUUCUGGGCCCGUGUGUGUGGCUUCAACGCUAUCCUGCUCAUGUGUGUCAACAUUUUCUUCUACGCCUACUUCGCCUGACGCUGGCCCCGUGGCCAAGAAGGCCGGAGCGCUCGGAAUCCUCAGGUCUACCUUGCUUUCACUGAGGACACCGAGGCCCAGAGACCCAGGGACUCCCCUCGCGACUGCGUAGCCGGUCCGGUGCCCACACACCAGUUGAGCCGGCAAAGGAGGAGUCCUAAAAAGGUCGGGGGCGACGGACAGAAAGAAGGUGGUAUUUCAAAACCAGCACAAAGCAAAGAAAAUGAGGUUUCCGAUCAACAUCCUUAUACUCAUUUUCCUGUUUUUAUUUUGAAUACACGGGCCCAGGUCAGGAGCAGCUUGGGGCUUGAAGGGUCUCCAGACGGCCCUGGGCAGAGGGGAGCCCCCCUCCCUGGACUCCUGCCUCCCAUCCCAGCUGCUCCUGGCUGCCACGAGGCCGUCCCCUCCCUCCCUCCCCGCUCCCUGCCCCUUCCACCAUCAGCCUGGCAUUUGAAGCACUUUCGGAGCCCCGUUUCAUGCUUCCUGCUCCCCAAAGUGCCCAGGCCCUGGGCAGGGGCUAGUCAGUACUGGCUUCUGGUGGCACAUUCCAAGUGGACGCCCCGCCUGUGCUCAGGCCAGUGUCCCAUCCCAGAUGCUGUUGGACCUCAAAGUCCGGCGGUGGCCCUGGCCUCCCGCCUGGCCUGUAGCUUCCCUGAGCUCCGGGAACCCCAGUCCGGGCAGAAGUUGGGCCUACACAGAGAAGGCCAGAGCAGCCAGGUCCCCCAAGUGGCUGUGCCCGGGGCCUGCCCUCGGAGCUUGUCCAUCGUGUCGGGCCUAUGGGAGAGGGACAGCUGCCUGUUUCUUUCAUCCCUGCACUCCCCUCCCGCAGGCCCUCCCCAAAGUGUCUGUGGUGGGGUGAGGGUGUUGGACACCCAAGUGGGGCCCGAAGUCGUCAGGGGGCUGCUGAGAAGUCAGUCUCCACCUGGAGUCCGUCCAUCGGUCCAGGUCAAUGUGCGUGCCUGUCCCUCACCGCUAAGCCACUUUCCCGGUAGCCAGAACACCUCAAGAGGCCAUCUGAGGGUGGGCAGGGAGGCCCAGAAGAUGGUCAGCCCCAGGUGAACCCGUCCGCCAUGCUUCCUCGGGUAGAGCCCCCAAAUACAAGAGCCCUGAGACCGCGGCCAUUGAUGGUUGGAGUGAGUGGGGCUUCUGUCCCCCUGCCCCGUGACACCAUGGAGCUGGCAGCCAACAGGAAGAGGCCAGCAGGAAGCUCUGGGAGCUCCCCCUGCCUGGUGAGCACUGAACAUCGCAGCGGUCCUCGGGCACUGAGGCCCCGUCUCCGUUUGUAUGAAGCAGCGGGAGCCCGGGCCUGGCAGUGAGGAGGUCCACGUUCCAGUGAGGCUGAGCCCCGUGGGACCCUGGGACGGGGCGUCCACGUCCUCUCUCUGGACCUCAGUGUCUGGUGGGCGGAUGGCCAGCUGGCUCUGCCCCCGCCCUGGGCCCCCACCCCGGUCACAGUUGUACCGGCUGGACGUAGCUCCGUGGGAAGAAGCCCACGCGUCCGCAGAACCGGCCCCGCCACCAGUGGGGGUCCAGGCGCUCCAGGACCUCGAUGAUGUCACCGCGGUGGAAGCUGAGCUGUGAGGGGUCCUGGGCCGAGAAGUCAAACUGGGCCUGGGCAAAGCAGGCCCGGGGGCCCUGCGAGGGGAGGAGGUGGUUAGUGGGGGUUUUCAGGAGGCCCCAACAAGAGAAGUGAUUUGCUGUGGGUGGGAGGGCAGAGUUGAGCUUGGACUCUGUUCUCACUCCAAGUCUACGCCACCCUCUCCACAGACCAACACCGCUGUCCUGGCCACAGGAACGGGCCUUAUAAGCUGUAAAGUGGUGCAUAGCUAGGAACAGAGUUUAUGGCUGUGCCCUUGACCGAGCUUGGAGGGAGAGGAUGUCACUCAGGGCCGCUCCCAGCUCUCAGGCCUGGGUUCCUGUCCUAUCUAUACCCCGAGGUGACCUCGGGUAAGUCCCCACCCUCGUGGGACUUAGUUUCCCCCCCCUGCAAAUGGCGGGCGGACAAGAGCUCUCUGCAGGCACGUCAGCCUGUCGCCGUGACGAUUAUACCUGGUGUCCCGGCCCUACCGGUCCCACUGGCAUCUCUGUUCUGAGCCUGCGGAAUCUUAUCCGGGAUGGGUGAUAGGAUCAGUGGACAGGCUGUAAUUAGCGGCUCUCUGCCCAGGAAGUAGGAGGCGGCAUGGGUCCUAGGGGACUGAGCCAGCUCUGGAGUUCUCCCACAGGGUGGGUGACCCCAGGGCCCAGGCCAGAGCGAGGCAGUGGGGGCGGGGGGGGCAGUGUGGGGAGCCCUCAGCCAGCUCCACACUGGCUCCCUCACAUUCUCCAAGGGCAGACCUGGCCCACGGCGGUGAAGGAGAGAGGUUGCAGGAGGUCUGGGACAGAGGCCUGGGGGGAGGGGGGAGGGGAGGGAAGGUGGCUCAGAAGGAGAGCUCGCCACCGACCCAGCCCCAGGAUCAGACUGAGGAGGCCCGGCAGCUUCCUGGCGGCCCAGAGUGCACGAAUGGGGGUCUCCCGAGGCACCGUUUGACCCUCCUGGCACAUGAGAGGGGAAACUGAGGCCCAGUUGAGGAACGGACGAAGGUCACGCGUGGUGGGGGUCUAGGGACAGGCAGGACUGGAGCUUCUCUGUAGCAGUCCGUCAGCCUCCCCCCCAGGCUAUGCUCCCUGGUUCCCCUGCAGAGCCCAGGCUCAACUGGGCCGUCCCAGGGUCCUGACCUCUAGCCCCAGGCCUUGCCGAACCCCCCUCCCAGAGGAAACCACACCGGGGCUAAUAACCCUGUUGGCUGCUAUCAUCAUUCUAAUGAGAGCGAGGGCUGGUCCUAGGGGCCCCUUGAUGAAAGGGCUGGCUAGCAAAUUGCUGUUCUUGCGAGGACCAGUGGCGGCUGGAUACCCACCCCCCACUACACACACACACACACACACACACACACCCUGAGCCCAGCCAGGCCCUCACCCACGAGCGCUCACACUGCCUCCACCCCACCCAAGACCAGCUCCUCGGGGCCAGAAACCCGGACUGAGCCUACCCGGUGGGUGGUCUUGGGUGCGCCUCAGUUUCCUCACCCGGGCAAUGGCCAGAUGAGGACCCCAGCAUACUAAGCCCAGCUCAGCGCGCACGGCACCCAGUAGGCUCGGCAGGUGUCUGUACCUUCAUUCAUGCAAAUUCACACCGAGUGCCUACUGUGACCCACGCCCUGCGCCAGGAGCUGAGAACAAGCCAGACACUGGUGGCCCCGCGUCACGUCCGUUCUCUUCCUUCCUUUCCUUUCCCUCUCCGUCCCCACCCUUGCGUGUCUCACUGCAGUGCCACCAGAGUCGGACUCUAGAGCCUGGGCUGGAUGCGGGGCUGCCGGUGGGGGUGGGGGGUGGCCAGACCCGGCAGGUGUCCCGGCCCCCCGCGGAGGCUCACGUCGGGGGGGGCAGGGGGGGCCCCUACCUUGAGCAGGGGCUCCUCAUCCCGCAGGAAAACCUGCCGCUGCUUGGCGAUGGUGGUGGUGCGGUAGAAGUCGACCAGCUCGUUCAGGGAGUUGAACUUCUCUUCCCACAGGUAGUACUUGCCCGAGGCCUCGCGCAGCACCUUGAAGUGCUGUACCUGGUCGCCGUAGCUAGCGGAGAGGGGCAGCUUCAGCGGGGCCCCGGGGCCUCCCUUCUGCCUCCCCCUGGAAGCUCGCCCCUCUCAGCCCUGGUUGAGACCCGCAGUCGGGGGAGAAGGUGCAGGGCGGGAGGGCAGGUCGACGUGAGACCUUAGGCAGGUCACUGAACUUCUCUAAACCUCAGCUUCUGGAUAAUGGUAGCACCUUCUGGAAAAGGGUUCAGAAAAUGCAGCCUGUGGCUAAUUGGCAGCAUUGAACGGGUUCCUCUCGGGGGAGGGGGUUGCCUGGGUGGCUCAGUCGGUUGAGCGUCCGACUCUUGAUUUCGGCUCAGGUCCUGGGCUCGCGGUUUGUGGGCUCAAGCCCCGACUCGUGCUCUGUGCUGACAGUGCAGAGCCUGCUUGGGAUUCUCUGCCCUUCUUCCCCACUUGUUCUCUCUCUCUCUCUCUCUGUCUC